AUGGCAUACUCAGGCUCUUUGAAGAGGGUCAUGGACGGCAAGGGCUUCGGCUUCAUUGAGAACUCGGACGGUUCCGGCGAUGUCUUUGUCCACUUCUCCCAGCUGACCAACGGAGGCUCUGAAGACUUGGUCGUAGGUGCGGAGAUGACCUUCGACAUUACAGAGGACCCCAGGAGUGGCAAGACCAAGGCCACCAAUGUGACCCUGGCGAAUGGCGGAAGCGGAGGAGGCGGCGGUGGAGACUAUGGGGACUACGGUGGCUAUGGCAAGUCCGGUGGCAAGGGCAAGGGCAAGGGCAAGCGAUACGACCCUUACUACUGA